AUCCGCUCAGUUGCCAGGCAACCGGACACUGCUCCCGGAAGUACCUGGUUGUUGGGCUGUGAGGCUGUCGGUGACGGAUACCGGAAGUAGAUGAACGAUGCGGGUCACGGUGGUGGCGGUAGCUAUAAGCCGGAAUACGGGACCAGUAUGCGAAUAAGGUCGGGAAUAUGUGUCUGUGCCACAUGUAGCUAGUCAUACUUCCAUCAACACUUGAGAGGCUAGAUAAAGUCUGUUUCCACAUUAAGAUGGAUAGCAUCACUCAGCUCUUUGGUGACCUGUGUGAAUCGCACAUGAGAGGAUUCCCAUGGAAGAUUGGUCUGGGGGAUAGACACCAAAGCAAGAAGAGAACCAAGCAAAGGCUGAAGCGCUUGGCCUAUGACACACUCUUUGUCCACUUGUUCCAGGAAGAGGCCCGCAAGCAGCAGCCAAAAGCUACAAAGCUCCCAGUGAAAAAUAAAAUGCUGAUGCUUUCCUUUAAUUUGCGUCUUGGUGGCAUGACUUCGGAAGCAGAACGGCUAGAGGAGCUACUGGAACAUGUGGAAAAGUAUAUUGGUGAACAGUUUACAAAUCUAUGUGCUGUGUUUGAGCUUUUAGUAGAUCUUGCAGGCACUGGGCCACCCCAAGUUCUUCCACCAAAACGGGACCUCUUUCAGAACAACAAGUAUGUAGGCAGGAAGCCACACUACCAGGGGUAUGACUAUUAUGAUGUUAGUGUAUUUGAAGCUGACCAUGGGACAUUUUUGGCUUACCAAGAGUAUGACAUAAGCAACACUGUCCACAAUACCCUUCAGAUUAUGGAGGCUGCACCUGGCACUGGGCUUCCAGCUAUCGGCCUUUUCUCCCAGAAUUUCUCCACCAGUGACAAGUUUGAGAAGGAGACUCGUGUAUCACUCUUUGGAGCCCUUGUGCACACUCGGACAAAUGACAUGGAUAUUAAACUGGAUCUGCCACCUGUGCCAGAUAGUGCGGAUCUGUCCGGUUUGGCAAUAAAAGUUCCGCAGAGUAUUGAUCAGUCUGAAGAUGAAGGCUUCCAGUCAUCCUCGAAUAUGACACCCGAUUCUCAGUCAGAGCCAAGCAUCACGUCGGACAUUGACGUGUGGGAAGCAGUUCUCUCAUAUUCACCUUAUAAACGCCGCUGCUGGGAAAGAAUAGGCUGUCCCCCAGGUAAGAGAGAAGAGCCAUACCUUACCGAGGCAGGACGAGAAGCAUUUGACAAGAUGUAUAAAAUUUAUGAAGGAACUCUACAAAUCCUCAGUAAUACGAUUGUACAGUGUCCAGCAUAUGUGAUGGUUAAAGAAUCCGAACUGGUGAAGGAUGUUCUCAAUGUGCUCAUUGGUGUUGUAUCCACUACGUUCUCUUUUAACCAGUCCAAUCAGACCUUUGUAGUUAAACAGGGCAUAUAUGUUUCUGGGACCUCCCCUGAAAAUAUAGGCAAUUUGUUGGCACAAGUGGGGGAAUAUGGUACUUACUACACCAGACUGAGCAAUUUCUCGCUGCAGACUAUUCUGGACUCCUCACAAAGCAGAGGCUUUGUAUUUCAGGCGUUUAAAAGCGGGCUUAGAAAAUACUUGCAGUAUUACCGGGCAUGUGUUUUAUCAACUCCAAAUACACUAUCUCUCCUCACUAUCGGCUUCCUAUUCAGGAAACUAGGACGCCAGUUAAGGUAUUUGGCUGAACUUUGCUGUGUUGGCACAUUUGCCACAGGAGUCAGUAGGGGGAGCAAUACUACUUUUCCCACAGGAGUGAAGUUACUAUCAUAUUUAUACAAAGAAUCUCUUGAAAACAGCAGCAAUGAAAACUACCCAGUCUUGUUAUCAUUGUUAAAAUCAAGUUGUGAGCCAUAUACAAGGGUUAUCUAUGAUUGGGUCUACAGCGGUGUACUAAGAGAUGUUUGUAGAGAAUUCAUGAUCCAGGCCAAUGAAGACUUCCUGGGGUAUAGAGAUAAACGCUACUGGAAUCAUGGAUAUAUUUUGGUCUCAAAAGAAGUGGAAGAUUGUGUGCCUGUGUUUUUGAAGCACUUAGCUAAUGAAAUAUACAUCUGUGGGAAGACCAUUAACCUAAUGAAGCUGUGCUGCCCUAGGCAUUACAUUUGCUGGUCUGAUAUCCCAGUACCACGAAUAUCUGUUACAUUUUCCUUAGAAGAACUGAAAGAAAUGAGAAAAGACUGCGCCAUCUAUGUAGCUCGAAUGGAUAGAAUUGCACGGUAUAGCAGCAUCAGCAAACAGGAGAAGGAUUUACAAGCAAAAAUUGCUCAACAGGACCUAUUUCUUGAAGCUCGGGAAACAACAGAGAAACUCCUAGAAAGAUUUAAAGAUCAGCAGUUGGCAGAGAAAAUCUCCAUGAACACUAAAAAGAGGGAACAGUUUAUGAAGCUAAAAGAACAAUACGAGAAAGAACAAGCGAGGCGACUUGCGGCCAAACAGGAGGAAGCUGAUGAUGAUUUCAGUUAUGCCCGGGAGCUGCGUGACCGUGAGAAACGUUUAAAAGCAUUAGAGGAGGAACUGGAGUACAAAGCAAGACAGGAACUCAUAGAGCACUACAGCCAAUUGUCAGAAGAAGCCACUCGGAAAGAGCAGAGAGCUCUCUGGAAACUUGAGCGCCAUAAACUGCAAACUGCUCGCUUGAGGUUUUUCUUCGAUGAUGAAAAGCACAUACAGGAAUUGUUGGCGCAGUAUCAAGCGAGUCAGUCCAUAGAUGAAAUAAACCUACCACACUCAGAAAUACCUCAUGCAGUGUCUAGUUCAAGUACUCCAUUAGAGGAUCCAACCGAUAAGACAGCCACUGCUGAACUCACUUCUUCAGUUGAAAAUACUAAUGAAGAAGAAAAGAAUACUGAAAGUCUUCAUGAUACUGUGAAUUUAUCCAAAAAUGAACCAGUUUCCCUGAGUCAAGCAGAUGGGGAAGACCUAGAUAUUACUGACCCAAGCUUGUGCACGCCCGACGUGAAUUUUUCGGAUUUUCUUCCUCCGCCACCCACUGAGCAACAUAAUACUGAACUGACUGGGGACGAGUCUCAUGUUGAUGAUGCUUUAAAAGAUAUUGGUUCAGAUCUUGCUAAAGUCAUAAAGACUAAAGAAAUCACAGAUCUAUCCUGUGUUAGACCUGUAAAUGACUAUGACUUUAACACAGUCUUGAAGCCAAUGGCAUUUACACAGGUGUCUCAAGGGCACAUUGACAUUGGGGGAUAUGUGUCUGAUGAAAAACCUAGAAGACCACGUUGGAAUAUUCAUGGACAUUCAUCAGAUGCCAAUAUUAAAGUAGGAGAAUAUGUUCCUGACAUCACCAUGUCGCAACCACAACCUAGUCAGCAUGGCCACUGUUCUGAUUCUCAUAUAAAUAUUGGUGACUACAUGUCUGACUUUGAACCUGCCCAUCCUCGGGGGAAUGUGCAUGGCCAUAUAUCUGAAGGUCACAUAAGAAUAGGGGAGUACAUUUCUGAUAUAGAUCCUACAAAACCCAGUCAGAAUAUUCAUGGGCAUGUAUCCCAGGGGAAUAUCAAGAUUGGUGAAAAUGUAUCGAAUGUAGAACCAGCAAGACCACGUUGGAACGUUCACGGACAUGCAUCCGAUGCCAAUAUCAAAGUCGGAGAGAAUGUUUCUGAAGUUGUGUCUUCGCGUCCUAGGUGGAACAUCCAUGGGCAUGCUUCACAGUCCCAUAUACGGAUUGGAGAGCUUGUUUCUGACAUAGAGCUAUCAAAACCACACUGUAGCAUAUAUGGCCAUGCCUCACAGUCAAGCAUUCAAAUUGGAGACUGGUCUCCAAGCGUGGACAGCAGUGCGACAGUGGACCCUAAAUCAGGAUUUGCCCAUCCAUCUGACUCCACAGUUCAGAAUUUGUUGUAUGGGGAAAGAACAGGAUCCUGUACGGCUAGUGAAAGCUCUGCAAUGAAAGACCUCCAGUCAGAACAUACAAGUUCACCUGAUAUUGUAACUGAAUUGCCACCCAGUAGCUUUAAAGAAAAUGAUAUUGUACAAAGUCUUGAAGUUGUGGUUGAAAAUAUACCAGAAGAUUGUAGGCCAGGAUCCCUUAGAGAUGUACAGAUUGGAGAUUCUGUGUGUAAAAAUGGGGAAUCCGGUGCCGACACACACAGUGCAGGUUGUAUAUCUGAUGAGCAAUUUCUUGCGCCCAAAGAAAACACAGUGAAUGACAACUUCUCGCAAAAGAUGCAGGAUUAUCUGCAGGCAUUAUCAGACAAGUAUUGCCUUGAAAAAUAUCAAGACCACUAUGAGAUGAUGUCAGAGCCACCAGUUCUCCAUAUGCUUGGCCAUGUGUUACCAAAGGAGUUCUCUCUUCCUCUGGACCCUGACAUAGAAUCGUCCACAGAUGAAACUGCAGUGCAGCUCAUUGAACUUCUCUCUCUACCAGUGCUUCUGAAAUAUUCUGUCACCGCGCCCAUUGUAUCGCACGUCUCUCUUGUGAACAAAGCUGUGGUGGAUUACUAUUUUGUGGAGCUGAAUAUGGAGAAACAUUUUGAUGCAAUAAGACAUUUCCUUCUGAUGGAAGAUGGGGAGUUUGCACAAUCACUUAGUGACCUCAUCUUUGAAAAGCUUGUGUCGGGGCAGCCGCCCGGUGAGUUAUUCACUCCCCUGGUUCUGAAUUCCAUAUUGAACAAAGCGCUGCAGUACAGUCUACACGGUGACUCUCAUCUUGCCUCCAAUCUUUCUUUUGCACUAAAAUAUAUCCCAGAAAUGGUCCCACCAACAGCCCCUGAUACACUAAGCUGCUUGGAGUUAAAAUAUAAGGUUGAUUGGCCUUUGAACAUCGUCAUAACGGAUACUUGCAUAAAUAAAUACAACAAGAUUUUCUCUUUUCUGCUGCAACUGAAGCACAUGGUUUGGACACUAAGAGACGUUUGGUUUCAUUUAAAACGGACAGCUUUAGUGAAUCAGGCAUCUAGCUCAGUUCAGUAUCGGCAGCUCCAGCUUUAUCGCCAUGAAAUGCAGCACUUUGUAAAAGUUAUUCAGGGUUAUAUUGCUAACCAGAUUCUUCAUGUUACUUGGAGCGAAUUCAGAAACAAACUUCGCACAGUCAGCAACCUUGAGGAGAUUCGUAAGACGCACACAGAAUACCUCAAUAAGGCACUCUUUAGGGGUCUUCUCACAGAGAAAGCUGCCCCAUUAAUGAACAUCAUUCACAGCAUCUUUAGUCUUAUUCUGAAAUUCCGGAUUCAACUCAUUUCCCAGCCAUGGAUUUGUGACAAAGAAAAGCAAAUGGCUAGCCAUCCCAACUACGGAUUAAUGCAGCAGUCCUAUGAUACCUUCAAGUAUUAUUCAGACUUUCUUUUUGAAGUAGUGACCAAGCUUGUAAGUCGCGGCUAUCAACCACAUCUGGAGGAUUUCUUAUUGCGCAUUAACUUCAAUAGUUACUAUAAAGAAAACUAAACAGUGUGUAAACACAUAUGCCUGUAAUAUGUACAUUAUAAUUGUAUGUAAAAUAAAAUAAACGUUAUUGUUUUGA